AUGAAUUCAACAUCAUUUUCUCAGGUGGAAAAUCAUUCAAUCUAUUAUAAUUUUUCAGAGAAGAAUUCCCGGUUUUUGGCUUUUGAAAAUGAUGAUUGUCAUCUGCCCUUGGCCAUGAUAUUCACGUUAGCACUUGCUUAUGGAGCUGUGAUCAUUCUUGGGGUCUCUGGAAACCUGGCUUUGAUCAUCAUCAUCUUGAAACAAAAAGAGAUGAGAAAUGUCACCAACAUCCUGAUUGUGAACCUUUCCUUCUCAGACUUGCUUGUGGCCAUCAUGUGUCUUCCCUUCACGUUUGUCUACACGCUGAUGGACCACUGGGUUUUUGGUGAGGCAAUGUGCAAGUUGAACCCCUUUGUGCAGUGUGUUUCCAUCACCGUGUCCAUCUUCUCUCUGGUCCUUAUUGCUGUGGAACGGCAUCAGCUGAUUAUCAAUCCUCGGGGUUGGAGACCAAGUAAUAGACAUGCAUACGUAGGUAUUGCUGUCAUCUGGGUCCUUGCUGUGGCUUCUUCUCUGCCCUUCCUGAUCUAUCAAGUAUUGACAGAUGAGCCAUUCCAAAAUGUGACCCUUGAUGCAUUCAAGGACAAAUACGUCUGCUUUGAUAAAUUUCCAUCAGACUCUCACCGGCUGUCUUACACCACUCUCCUCUUGGUGCUGCAGUACUUUGGCCCACUCUGUUUUAUAUUUAUUUGCUACUUCAAGAUAUACGUACGCUUAAAAAGAAGGAACAGCAUGAUGGAUAAGAUGAGAGACAAUAAGUACAGGUCCAGUGAAGCCAAAAGAAUCAACAUCAUGCUGCUGUCCAUCGUGGUGGCGUUUGCUGUCUGCUGGCUGCCUCUCACCAUCUUCAACACUGUGUUUGACUGGAACCAUCAGAUCAUUGCUACCUGCAACCAUAAUCUGUUGUUCCUUCUCUGCCACCUCACAGCCAUGAUCUCCACUUGUGUCAACCCCAUAUUUUAUGGCUUCCUGAACAAAAAUUUCCAGAGAGACCUGCAGUUCUUCUUUAACUUUUGUGAUUUCCGGUCUCGGGAUGACGACUAUGAGACCAUCGCCAUGUCCACCAUGCACACAGAUGUUUCUAAGACAUCUCUGAAGCAAGCAAGCCCAGUCGCACUUAAGAAGAUCCACACUGAUGAUAAUGAAAAAAUCUGA